AUGGGUGACGCCCGCCUUGACCACGACAUGGGCUCAGAACCCAGAGAAGACGAGUUUACCAUUCUCGUCACGGGCUUUGGGGUAGGUUCUCCUCCCAACCAGUUCCCCAGUGACCUCAUCGCCACUUCCCACCCCGCCCUCGUCUUCCGCAACCCCGCGACCGAGGCGCCGUUUCGCGCCCAGUACCCCGUCAACCCGUCGUGGGAGAUUGCCCGCGGCCUGCCCGCCUAUCUGCCGCCUCUGCGCGGCAAGGACGACGGUGACCCCGCCGCCGACUCGGACCUGCCGCCGGUGCGCAUCCUCGUCCACCCAGAGGCGAUCCGCGUCACGUACCAGGACGUGCGCGCGCUGGCGCCGAGCUUCUGGGACGGCGCGUACGGCGGCGGCGGCGGCGCCCAGCAGCGGCGCAUCGACGCCUGCGUGCACAUUGGCAUGGCGAGCGCGCGUCCGCGGUACGCGCUCGAGCGGCGGGCGCACCGCACCGGCUACCGCACGCCCGACGUCGCGGGCGAGUUUCUCGAGGACGAGCUGCCGGGCGGCCAGGAGGACGAGCGCUGGAUCUGGCACGGGCUGCCGGACGAGCUCGAGUCGGCGCUUGAUAUACCGAAUGUCCAUCGCCGCUGGAAGGAGCUCAGCUCGCCAGAGGUGGAUUUGAGAAUCUCGGACGACCCCGGCCGCUACCUAUGCGACUUCAUCUACUACUCCAGCCUGGCGACGCUGCACAAGCAGCAGCGCCCCGGAAAGGUCUGCUUCUUCCACGUCCCUGCGGAUGCCUCGGACGGGGCGGUCGAGCGCGGCCGCGAGCUUGCCCUCAACCUCAUUCGCUCCAUUGCCGAAAGCGAGAUGGCCGAGAAGAAGCGCGCCGCCCAAUGA